UCCGCCCCCUACAGGUCGGCGCCGGGGUAUAAAAGCGAGGGAAGGGCAGCCAUAAGACGCAGUUCUCACUAAACUUUCUCAGUGAAACAACACCCGUGUUCAACAACUCAGUCACAAUGAAGGUAAUCAUCCUCAGCGCCCUGGUUGCCGUGGCAAUGGCGGCAAAACUUGGCACCCUCAGCAACCUGGUCGAGGAGCCCACCACCACGACAGAGCCUCCCAAGCCCUACAGCUUCGGCUUCGAAGUGCGCGACGACAACACCACCAACUACCACAACCGCGCCGAGGCUGCCGGUGACGGCUGCGUCCGGGGAUCGUACAGUUACGUUCUUCCCGACGGCUUCGUGUACACCUACAAGUACCAGGACUGCGGAAACGGAUACGAGAUCGUGGAACAGCGCAAGGAACCCUCAGGCAUCCAGGUCAUCAUUCCCGAGCCCCAGCCCAAGAUCCCCAAAGCACAGUCCUUGUUCACAGCUGCUUAAAAAGAAAAAAAGAUUUAAAAAAAAAUCGUUCCUCGCCAUUAUUGACAUCUAACACCCCCCCCCUCCUCCUCCCUUUCUCCUCUCUCCCCUCCCUCCCUCCUCCCAGCCUUUUCCCGCCAUUUUCCUUUUCUUUUUUUAUUUCAAACUUUACAGAGCCACCCUGAUUUGUCUGUUUAAUUAUUCUCACGUGGAUUUCUUGUGUUUUUUUCAUUAUUAUUGUCGUGAUGGUUUUGAAUCUUCUUGAUUUUCUCAUUGCAUAUGAAUUCCUAUUUUGUGAGGUAAUGAAAGACAUAUUCGGGAUUUUCUUCAACUAAUAUCAUAUUUUAUCACCGUCCUUUCCGCUACGUCUGUCAUUCUGUUUAGUACAACUUGUUACAAAUAAUGUUAUAUAUUUUAUACUGCAUUAUAAUAAAUACGUAACUACA